CUUGCCGCUGAGCGAAUCGAUGUUUUGAAGGGGAAAUGGGUUCCGAUUUCUUGAUGGGUACGGAAGGGGGAAGUAAAUAAUUUAAAUGUCUCUCUGGUAUCUGGCAAUUUACAUUGGGGGACCAUCAACCAGCGUUUAUACCGCAUCCUUGAAAAUGUUCGACUGGAUAAACUGCCUGGAUUCGUAAGACUUUAAGUUUGAAUCUUGUCCACUCCUGUCUUUGUUAACGUGCAGUAGUCGCACCGGGAACGUCCGUAAUAAAGUAGAGAAUAAAUGACAGUCCCGUUGACAUGAAUCGCUUAACAUUUUAAUGACAAGGCUGUUUACUAGUCUAGUCUAUUGUUCUGAUACAUUUCUGUUUGCCAAGCGAUGGAAAGCAGAGGGUCACAGUCUGGUUUGUGCGAACAAAGGAGAUGUUAACUUGACCAAAACAGAUCAAUGUGUAUGUUAUCGAUAGCGCGUUUUCCAAAAGCGGAAAUUCUGGAUUUGAUAUCUAGAAGUGGCCAUUAAUGUGGCUAGAGUUAGAUUGGUCAUAUACGGAAGAAGAUGGCAUCAACCAAAGGCAAAGCUGGAAUAAAUAAUGAAAGCAGUUCUGGUCGGGAUAGUGGCAGGACAGACGCAGGCAGUCCCACGAUAUCCGCAGGGGCCGCAUCCCUCACCACCAACAGGACCUACACACUAGAUGACCUGGACACCAUUGCCACUGUUGGUACAGGAACCUUUGGAAGGGUUUUUCUGGUGAAGGAUAAAAAGACAAGAGGUUUCUUUGCACUGAAGGCGAUGAAGAUCCCAGAUGUUAUUCGUCUAAAGCAGGAGCAACACGUACAUAAUGAGAAAGAGGUUUUGACGGAGGUGAACCAUCCUUUCCUUGUCAGACUGUACUGGACGCAUCAUGAUGAUCGCUUGCUGUACAUGUUGAUGGAAUACGUGAAUGGCGGUGAACUCUUCAGCUAUUUACGCAGCCGAGGACGUUUCAGUAACAGCACCGGAAUGUUUUACUCAGCUGAAAUCGUGUGCGCCAUUGAAUACCUUCACUCCAAAGAAAUAGUCUACAGAGACCUGAAACCAGAGAAUAUACUGCUGGACAGCGAGGGGCACAUUCGACUGACAGAUUUCGGGUUUGCUAAAAAGCUCACAGAAAGGACCUGGACUCUAUGUGGUACUCCUGAAUAUUUGGCUCCUGAAGUGAUCCAGAGUAAAGGUCAUGGGCGAGCUGUGGAUUGGUGGGCUCUCGGUGUGCUCAUCUUUGAAAUGCUAGCAGGGUAUCCACCAUUUUUUGAUGAUAAUCCUUUUGGCAUCUACCAGAAGAUUCUAGCCGGAAAGCUGGAGUUUCCACGGCAUCUGGAUUUCUAUGUAAAGGACCUAAUCAAGAAGUUUCUGGUGAUUGACCGGGCAAGAAGGCUUGGAAACAUGAAGAAUGGGGCUGAUGAUGUGAAAAAGCACAGAUGGUUUAAGUCAGUAGACUGGGAGUCUGUGCCCUGUAGAAAACUUAAGCCACCCAUAGUUCCAAAGGUAUCUCAUGAGGGCGACACGUCUAACUUUGACACCUAUCCAGAGGAUGAGUGGAAGAAGGACACACCUGUACCAGCUAAGGAUCUGGAAAUUUUCAAGAACUUCUGAAAGGAUAUUCUUUUUAAUGACACAAACGACAGGACUUGGUAGAAGAUAAUGAAUUGGAGCUAAAGGUUUAACCUAGCCAUUCAGGGGACAUUAAAAGGUCAUAGUUGUAUUAUUAUAGGUAUGUCUUCCCUGCUUGUCCCUGAGUCCUGCACACUUGAGAAACAGAAAUAGACUUCUUGUGAUCACCAUUAUUGGCAUCAUAAUUAUCAUCAAACGAAUAAGGAGGAAACAGUUUAUCACUUCAGCAUCUACUAAGUGAUGAAUAACAUCAUUCUUCACUGUCUGAGUCUCUUUAUAUUAUGCAAAAAUAUCAUUUAAAUUAGCAAUAAUAACAAGGUUCUGUUUCAAGGUCCCUAUUGCGGGAUCUAUUCUAGACAAUGUCUUCGCUUACCUGAUCAUGUAUGGUCAUGCUUUUGUUAUGACUAUAUAUCUUGAAAAGCUUGCUGAAUCAAAACUUUAAGCCUGACACAUUUUCUUUUCUGGUUAUCUAAACUUACUGUGUUGAUCCUUUACUCUUACAUGGUUUAUCUAUAUACAUUUCAUAACAUAAGGCCUGUUUCACACCGGACACUUGAGCAGGCACAUACUCAAAGCAGCAGCAUAACUGCAACACGCUUUUACUCUCACAGCUUUUCAACUGCGUAACAAAACUGCCAAUCUAUACUAAAAAAUAAAUAAAUAAACAGUCAAAUUUAGUUGUUACUAUUAUAAAUAUUUCCUUUAAUAACGGCCAUACAUUUUAAAAUGGUAAUUUUUUUAUUCAAUAAAAAUGAUUACAAAAAUGUAUAGUCUGAAAUGUAAUUACAUGAGGCUGUGGGCCACAUCCAAAUAGUCAUUAAUCUACACAGAACAGAAC